CUGAGAGGUUCACAAUAUUUGGCAGUGACGGUGACGUCUGCUGGACGUUGGGUCACUCAUUUAUUUGAAUGCGUUGCCUCAACAACAUAUUUCUAUGCCCCAAACUCCCGCCACUACCACCAGUCACGGAGACAGCUGUAACUUAUCACUAUGACAUUAUUGACACAGCAAGCAAGAAAUGGGCUCGCCUUUCCAUCUUAUGCGCAGUUAUAGGACAUGCCGGGACCUUCACCUCCGUUGACGACGUUACAACACCCCACACAGGUGCAAUCUUCAACGACCUGGGUAGUGCUAUUUUCCGAACAGUACUCCGGCAGACAUAAUCAUAAUGGUGAGCGACAUGAACCUCAUUGUUGCACUGUAGACAGUAAUGGGGGGUUGACCCAAAAGCACGCAUCUGCUGUGCGUCCGACUAAUGCGCCGUG